UUCCGUGUACAAUUUUGGGAUGCACCCAAAAACUAAGUAAAAUUUGUGUUCCGUGUGGUGUUGACCAUUUGCUCAAUCGGUUUUUUUUUUCGCGCGGUUGGCAGCAGCUGUUUCCCUCCGAAAGCGAUCGCGGCAGCAGAAGAAAGUAAAAGGUCUCGAGUAUUCUUCCAUUCUUCCAGGCUCGUUAGAGGAAACCAGUUUUUCUAGCAAACUAGCUGUGCACGAUAGUUAUCUCGGGUGUUAUACAUAUUUGAUUGCGCGAUUUUUCGCAUUGUAGUACGUAUUGUAGUACGUAACCAAAGAGAAAUUGGCGGAUAAUGGCAUCGUCCAGUAAUAGGGUAAGUUAUUCGUUGAAAUUUAUUUUCGCUGGCCGCAAAUCCCGCCAUAAAUGAGCUAAAAGUUUGUGUUGCCCCCAUGCGCUAGACGGCCAUUUUGGCCCAUAAUGGUCGUUGACUUUGACUUUCCUGAUUCCGCUUGCACUUCGCAGAACCUUCGAUCGAAAAACAUUACUGCAGUAGGCGAAACAAGCGCUGAAGAAAAUGGCGUACUGGGUCGAUUGACGCGGGCCGCUAGAUCCACCAGAUACGCCGGUGGUUCGGAUGUCAGGCAGCGCAGCGAGACAGAUGGCCGACAGAAGUCCAGCAUCGCUAUCCGGGCGGAUAAAGAGCAGAGCCGACAAAAGCGGUAUCCCAGUACCGGUUCCCGGACGGCAGUGCCGACGAAUAAGGAGCACAGCGUAGGACAGGGCCGACCGAAGAAGGCGUCGUCCAGUACCGCUGCAGGGACGAAAGCGCGACCCGAAGCCGUACCGGCCGCCGGGAGACACGAAGCGGGCCAUUCAAUGGAGCGUGGCGAAGCUAGCAGACAGAGCCGACAGGACAAAGAUGAGUGUCUUGUUUCCGCACGCGCGGUGCAGGAUGAGCGACAGAAGCGAUCGAAAAAAGGCCCCACCAUCGGCAUCCGGGCUGUAGUGCAGGCGCAUAAGGACGACAGCGGAGUACGACAUAAGCAGUUUUCCAGCACUGGUGCUCAGGCAGAAGCGCUGUCCGAAGUUGUACCGACCGGUGACGAUUCGGAGGACGCGGAGGAAACGGAUCGGACAAAGAUCGUUCGGACACAGAUCGGCCGAUCGGACCAUUCUGGAGAGCGUGACGAAGUCGGCACACCGAGCUGGCAGGAGCAGGAUGAAUGUAUUGUUCCCACAGACGCUGUUCAGCCACCUGUAUCUACAUCCUGGGCUACCGAAAACGACUCUGAAGUCGAGGUGAAGCAUGUCGUCGAACAGGGAGCCAACGUAGCGCCUAUUGUGGACCUAUCACCCUCACCAGACAGCGACGCCAAAUGGACACUAUACACCUCCGUACCGCCCGAUGGUGUUAAACUGGCAGUGCAGGACUGCGAGUUCGGGUUCCGCUACAAAGUGGAAAACAGAGUUACCAAGGGCAGGGUCCAAUACUAUUACUGCCGACGGAUCAAAGCAAAAGCCUCCAAGCAAUGUGAGCGACGCUUAAUGGUGUUCAUCCCGAAUGGAUCGGAUGUCAACUGCAGCAUCAACCUCCGAGGCACCCACACUUGCGGUACCGCGAAGAGCGAAGAUUUGGCCAAGAUACCACUCAGCAAAAAGGAUGUUGCUGAAAUAAACGACUUGCUACAUAGCGGUAUCCCGCUGAAGGACAUCAAAAAACACAUCCGAGCUUCUAAUCAGCAAGUGUCGAAGAACCGGGUCAACUAUGCGGUAAAGCAAGCAUCGCAGGCUUUGUACGGGUGUGGAGAGCUAUCAUUGGGUGACCUGGCAGCCUGGGCCAAGCUUCAUUCAACUACGCCACCGGGCAAUGAAACGGGGUUCGUCAUUGGCUCGGAUUUUGACGGUACGACCGGGCGCUUCAGACUGGUAUAUUCCAGCAAAAAAAUGAUGUCGCGGUUCAGUACCCUGGACGUGUUGUCGGCUGACUGCACGUUCAAAACUACUUUGCAAGGGUACCCACUGGUCGUGGUAUGUCUGGUGGACAAAAUGCGCCACGCGCACCCGGUGGCUUUUGCUUCGAUCACAAAGCAAGAAGAAGCCGACUAUUAUUUUGUGCUGGCAACCCUGCAGGAUCAGUGCAAUCGGAUGGGCAUAAGCUGCUCGGUGAAGGCGUUCAUCAGCGAUGGUGAAAUCGCCUUGAAGAAAGCAGCGCGGUCGGUCUUCGGUGAACACGUACUACUAGUAAAUUGUUAUUUCCACGUGGUACAGAACAUAAAAAAGUACCUAACGAAGGCCAAGGAAAGUGCCGACCACAAGGAACGCAUCCUCAAGGAUGUGAACCGCAUACAGGUUGCGCCCACUCCGCGGCACUUCGAUGAUGCGUGCGGGUUGUUUUGUAUGAAAUACGGUGCUCUGCCGGGCUUCGUUCAAUUUUUCGAAAAAUACAUUGAUAACGAGUACUACAAAAAUUGGUACGAAUGUGCCUUACCAGGAUACCCGGCCACCAACAAUUCCCUGGAAGCAUUGAACAGGGCGAUAAAAGACCACCAUUUAGACCGUACGAGGGAGCCGUUCGGUACCUUCAAAACAAAAAUCAUGAAAGUCGUGGAGAAGUAUGGCGCGGACGAACGGAUCAUUUACGAUAAACGGUUGUAUACGAUUGAAGAUGAACGCCGAGCCUUUAACUUCAUCCGUGCAGGGAAGCGAACGCGGAUCGUACAAGAUUGGUCCGACCGGGCAAAAUAUAUGUACUUCCCAACCGCUAACAAUACAGAGGUAACUGUACGUGAGAUCGAAGUGUUUAAUAACCCGGACCGCCGCAGCUUGGAACACUAUCUGAAGGACAUGGAGCUGAUUUACUGCAUUGGAAUAACUGACGAUCACUGGACGACGUGGAACUGCUCAUGCCGCUGGUUCAGCAAGCAUAAUUCCUGCUACCACGUGGUGGUUGCAGCGGUCACAACAAAAAAAUAUCAGCUCCGCCCGGAGGCAAACACAUCUUCGCUGACACAAAAGCGUCCCCCCGGCAGACCAAAAAAAAUGACCAAAGCCCUCAUAGUUGACUAAGGGGCGA